AUGGUAUCCUAUUAUCCGGCUGUGGUGCGAGACCAAGCUCUUCAGGGAGGAGGAAGAAGCCCCGUGGAACAAGAAGGCACACCAGGUGCGCUGGUUGGCAGCUCCGUCUCCUACUACGAGAGAGAAAGCCGCCGCAGAAAUCGAAAGCUGCGCGAUGUCAUUCGCGACCAGGCAGAUCCAAAUGGAAUUUUGGAUUUGACCGAAGAGCAAGGCGCUUCCUGGGAUAGCAUCGGAAUCUCAACGGCCCUUCAAGCACUUGCUUGGAAGGUGAAGCGGGGAGCUGCAAAGCCGAGUGCAAGUGACAAGCGCUGGCACCAUCUGCAAAUUCUGGCCUAUGAACGGCUCCGCGAAGGAGAAGCACGAAAUCUGGCCAACACUGCCUGGUCGAUGGCAAACAUAUCUAGCAUGCACUUCCCUUUCAUGACGCAGAUCGCUGUGCUUGCAGAACGUCGGGCGAAAGAGCUGAAGCCCCAGGAGCUGUCCAAUCUGGUUUGGUCCUGUGCAACCGUGAGGUACAAAGAUCCUCCACUGCUGCAGGCGUUGGCUGCGGAGGUGGAGAGUUUCCUUGGGGAAACCGGCUCCAGACUUGGAGUGGUGUCCUGCCAAGAUCUGGCAAACAUCCUGUGGGCUUUUGCUUCGCUGGCCUUUACAGCUCCGACGCGACUGGUUGCAUGCGCUUCAGGAUUUGUCUGCGAUUUCAAGCCUCAAGAGUGCGCCAACUUCCUUUGGUCCAUGGCGGUUUUAGAAAUGCAGGACGCUAGCCUGGCAGAGAGUAUUGCUGAACGUGCUCUGGAGACGCUGGCUGAGUUCAGAUCUCAGAACAUUUCGAAUUUCCUGUGGGCAUAUGCCAAGAUGGGCCACAGGAACAACAGCUUGACGACAACUCUGCUUGAUUUCUGCUUACCAGAUCUGCGCAGAUUUUCAGCGCAGGAUUUGACGACGAUGGUCUGGGCCUGCGCCACCAUGGAGUACGGCUGUGAGCAGUACUGGCAGCAUUUUUCCCGGGAGCUGCGUGCCAGGGCACAGGUUAAGCCACUGCAGCCGCAACACCUCUCCAACACGGUGGCAAACUUCGCCUGGUCCUUGGCAGUGACACAGUUUCAAGAUGCUCCUGGUGUUGCCAGCAUUGUCCGGCAAGUUGUCCAAUUACACACGGAAUUCAGCUGCCAAAGCAUGGCAAACUUCAUUUGGGCCUAUGCCAAGCUUGGCUACCAGGACGAAGACAUGAUUUCAUUGGUCCAAGCGGCAGCCAAGGGCAAGAUGCAUGCGCUGUCGGAACAGGAUCUAUCCACGACACUGUGGGCCUUCAGCACAAUGCAGCACCGAGAUGACAAUUUCUUGGAUGCCUUCAAAGCAGCGCUCUGGGUGAAAUUGCAGCAGCCCAUCAAGCCGCAGCAUGCUUCCAACAUUCUCUGGGCUCUGGCAGUGAUUUAUUUCCGAGAUGAGCCUUUUUAUCAGGCACUUGCAACGAGCGUGAAGCGCUCAGUCUCAAGUUUCUCCCCUCAGGACCUGUCCUGCAGCAUUUGGGCCUGUGCUACGGUGGUGUACUCGGAUCCCAAGCUGACAGACUUGAUUGCACAGCAAGCUGCAGAUCAGCUGGAGGUCUUCGACCCUCAGAGUGUCGGGAACGCCGUGUGGGGGGCUGCUUAUCUGCGCACCUCGGUCCACUCGCUGUACACUUCCUUAUCUCUGAGAAUUGGUUGUGCCAGCUGCCUGCAGACGUACAACGACAAAGUUCUGGCAAUGAUGGUUCGGGCAUUUCUCUUGGCAGGAGAGGCGUCAAGUGCUUGCAGGCUCUUCGAAAAUCUGCGGCGUUUGGAUCAGAAUCCGGGAAUUACCGCGAUCGGUUAUUGGCUGCACCACUGUCGAGACGUGCAGCCUUGCCUCGUGAAGGAAAUGCAAGCCAUGGAAACUUUGUCUCGAUUUCAACCCUGCCGGUACAUCCAGGAGGCUGUGCUGAACGCGUGUGCGCUGCGCUUAGCUGAGCUGGGCUACUGCUCGCAAAGCGUAUCGUUGGUCCACGACUUGCUGGAAGUGAACCAGGGCAACAUUGUGGCCCGCGGGUUGAAGGCCAAGUUGUCCAGUGGGGUGUUCGCAGAGACAUCCUCCAGGAAACUUGAGUUGCCCCACUGGACAUUGCCAGCAAGAGGUAAUGGGCAUUCUGGGACGGACUAUGACAAGCAAUGCAGGUUGCUUCAGCAUGUUCUGUGCACUGCCAAGGCAGGAGAUGCAACAUCCGUCAUCAAUGCGAUUGAAGGUUUCUCCGUUGAUGGAAAUGGAUGGCUGAAAAUUGCAGGAGGUGGAAAAGGCGUGGUUCUUGAUGAUCUAGUCACACGGCUUGCACGGCAGCCUCUGCAAUUAGUCUUGGAGUUUGGGUGCUUCGUUGGAUACUCGUCCACACGGAUGGCCCAGAAGCUGGUUCCAGGUGGUGGCAAGGUGGUGUCUGUGGAGGUGGACCCCAUACAUGCAUGCAUUGCCCGGAAUGUGAUUGAGUUUGCGGGGGUGGGAGAUCGAGUGUCAAUUUGUGUUGGAUACAGUGAGGACGUGAUUCCUCACCUGAAGGAGACAUGCAAGGGAGUCGCUGCAGAUGCCGUGUUUUUUGAUCAGCGAGGGACUCGUUUCCACAUUGACCUCCAAAUGUUGGAGUCAAGCGCCUUGAUGAAGGAUCAGUGCGUUGUUUGUGCCGACAACGUCUUGAAGCCCGGCGCUCCACACUUUUUGUGGUACCUGCAGAACAGCCCAAUGUACGAACUUACAGUGGUUUCUCUCAGGGAGUUUGCCACUGAUCGCAUUGAAGAUUGGAUGGCAAUUGGGAGGUACCACCCACUUCGUGCUGCUGCCAUGCCUGCUCCGCCAAGGACAUUGGAUAGGGUAGCCUUCCUGACGGACAAAGCUCGGGCAAGAAGUUGCAAUGCCGACGGGCCAUGUGAAGUUGAUGAGGAUGCUUGGGCGCAGCAUGCUCAAGCAAUACGCCGUGCGUACGAGGAAGUUGGAAUUGCGCCACAGAUCGUGUACGUCCAAAGCAAGGGCGGCUGCCCUUUUGUGAACUGGUAG